UGGCAACCCUGUUGGGUUGGUUCUUGUUAUUUAAUUGAAUUGGGAGUCAGCAAAGAAAUCGAGAAAUUAUUUUUUUUAACACAAAACUGCAUUAAAUCUUACGAAAAUAUUAUCAAAAUGUCAUUUCUAUGGAAAACCCUUAAAACUCCAACUCUAACGAAUGCUGUGAAUACAGUUUGUCAAACACAAACACAGGCCAAGUUGUUACAUACCACACCGGUGUGCUGCGAGAUACGUAAAUUGGCUCGUUUGCGAGUGGUGGACAACAGUGAUAUUGGCAAAAGGGCUAUGGCAGAGGGUAGACCACCACGUUGCAUUCAUGUCUACAAUAAACGUGGCAUUGGUUUGGUGGGCGACAAAGUGCUGGUAGCCAUUAAGGGCCAAAUGAAAAAAGGCAUCUUGGUGGGUCUGAAACAAAAGCAAAGACCGAAAAUUCCCAAAUUUGACAGCAACAACCUGGUGUUGAUCGAUGACAAUGGAACACCAUUGGGUACGCGUAUUCAUGUGCCUGUGCCCACUAUAUUGCGCACAAUUCUCAAGGAGCGAACCCAAGCUAAGGGAGCGGAUUAUACAAAGGUUUUGGCCAUUGCAAGUAGAUUUGUAUAAAGAAUUAAAAAGUCAUUAUUGUUUACCUUAUAUUGUGUUUAACGAAAGAAAAUAAAAGUUUUAUUGUUACCAGCGUAAA